AUGAAGGAAUUCAAUCAAGAGGACAUAGGAUGGUCUUGGAAUCUGCUAAACAGUCUCAGGGUGUUCCCAGGGAAGCAAAACUCCUCAGAAUCUGCCAAGGUGGAGUAUGGAGGAGGGAACAGGACCAUUGGGUUACCAAGUCCUCACUCCUCUCUGGGCUUCUCUCUGGUUGCACUCCCCUACCCGCAACAACCCCCAGGCAAGGCUCAAUCUGUGGUGGUGAAGGCCAGCAGAAUUAGGAAGCAAGUGUCACUACUCCACAACCAUAAGAUGAUCAGGAAUGAGAAGGCUUGGUCAGACAGCAAUAGGAAAAGGCAGUGUGGAGAAUCUCUGAUGCUACACUCUGCGCGGAGCGCCUGGUACCCCGCCCCGGACCCGGUCUCGGGCGGAGGCGCUCUCUGCACCGGGGCCGUCCGCCGCAGCCGGGGACGGACAAAGCACCGGGGUCUGCGGCGACCCCGGGCGGCGGCGGCGGGCCAAGUUGGCCAGAGUCGGGGGACGAAGGGGUUCCGCGGGCAGGGCAGCGCGGCACUGACCUGGAUGGUGCAGGUGUACUCGCUGUCGUCCAGCAGCCGCACGGUGCAGCUGUACUCGCGCUCCAGGCUCCUGCUGCUGCCGCUCAUCAACCUGCUCAGCAUCUUCCCGCCCGCCCGCCCGCCCCCAGGAGAGACGCGGCUGCGCUGCGGACCCCGGACCAGGCGCCCCUCAGCCGGGCAGCUCCUCGCGGGCCCCGGGCACCUGCACCAUCACCCCAGCCGGGUCGCGGCCGCUGCCUCCUGCUGUCCCAGCUCCUCCUUCUUCUCCUCCUCCUUCUUCGCCACCGCCUCCCCCCAGCCCCGAGCAAGCGCCCCGCUCUCUCUCCUCCGCGCCCCACUCCCCAUGCCCAGUUCGUGGGGCGGGGCCUCGGCCGGAGAGGGGCCAAUGGGGGUCAGCGCGGCGGAACCGAGUGGCAGAGAGAAGAGCCAAUCGAGGCCAGGUGUGGGCCCCCGGCUGGAUAAAUGUCUGCUGCGUGGAAUACGUUUAGACUCUGCUUCAGGGGCCAAGUCCCACACUCUGCAACGCCGCGAGUCCCGCCCUCUCGGGAGCCGGGGCGGUGCAAGAAAACAAUCCCCGCACCUGCAGAAUGCAGGCACCUUCCGCUCCGGACCAGGCGGCUGCCCCGACCUGAGCUGUACCCCCAGAUGUCACAUACCCUGAUGUUCUGGGAUACUGAUCUCUCUCCAGCUAAUGAAACUUUCACCAUUGCCUUCGGAUCCAGCAGGAAGAAGCACUGCCUCCUCUUCACCAGGACAUCACAAACCCUGGUUCUUCCCAUCAUAGUCUCCUUAUAGCACAGCUAAGACCAGGGUUAUAUAACAAUAUUAAAAGGGAAGAGCAAUACAGAGUAAACUGCAGGUAUGACAUGGCUACUCUCAAAGCCCUUAUGGACUACAGGCCUGCCUUAUUGUUGAGCUUGCAGCCAGGGUCUAUGUGGCUAAUGACAGCCCCCCUCUCCAUCAAGAGUUCCCCUGACCCUGUCUUGAGCAUUCAGGCUCAACCACUCAGAGAAGAAAACAACUGUCCUCACCCAGUUUAAGGUGCAUUUUCAAAGGCCCACCCCCUGUCCCAGUUGGUGCCUUUCCAUAGGAUGACUGACCAUGGGAAUACCUACUCCUUUAGAGGAAACCCCACCUUCCAUCCUGAGGAGUGUGACCUUAACCUUUGACCCAACUGGACUAUCACCUUCAUAACAUAAGAGUCCAAACCCAGCACAUUUCUCACAAAGACUGAGUUAAUCUUUAUAAAUAGGUCUAGGUAGAGUCUCACCAAAGCCAGUCCAGUCCCUUUGCCUAAUUAUUUCUCCAGUAAGCAGUAAGGAUUAUGCCUGUCCUUGUUUGCCUGUAUCUUUUAGAGCUCAGCUUUUGUUCUUCUAAGAGCAAGGGCUGAAACAAGGACAUUCGCAUCUCCACAGAAACAACACAUAUGUGGUCUACAUCCACAGAGAGAAAAGGAACAGUUUUUCUCUUCUGCAUCAAUGUCUGCGGAAGCAGUGCUCCUGCUCCACACACAAAGAUUUGCAUAUCCAAAUGGAGCACUCUGCUUCACAAACUAAAGCAUCUACACUCAAGUUAUAGUUUUCCAAGAGUGAUAAAUGUAUACUUGCUUUAACAUGAA